AUGAUACCAUCUAUUCUUGUCGGUAAUGUUACUAUUCAGUUCUUCGUAUCGCUCCUCCAACCGCCAGUACCUAUCUGGAUAUCUUCUCUACCACCAGGUCACAAGAUGAGACCUGCUGGAUAUUAUAUUAUGGAAGAUAUUGUGGCAGUUGACGGCGGUGGUCGAUCGGCUUUCAGAAAAGUUCUCAAUCAACGUUACGAAAGUAGUCCGAUCUUUCAAUGUCUUGUAUAUGAAAUGACUGUGUUCUGGGCAACAGGAGCACUUGUUUUCAUUGGUGUUAGUGUGGCAUUUGCAUUCGGAACAAGUUUAAAUUUUGCUUUUGGUGCAACACUGAUAUGGUUUCCAGUAUGGGGUUUACUUGGGUUCUUGCCAACUGUAUUGUGGGUGCAACGGCGUCUCAGUCAAGAAACGGAUUCAUUUCGACUAAAACAGAAUCAAAUUUCGACUUGA